AAGGAAUGGAAACCAUUGGAAAAUCUAGAAAUAGAGAAGAUCUUGAACUGAUUGAGAAAGAUUUAAGAGAGUCGUUGAUUACUAGAGGUGAUCAAGAUCAAGGAAAUGAGUCUUUAACCACUUUAAAAAGUUCUGAGGAGGAGACUUCUAUUAUUUUGAUGAUAUACAUAUGAACCACAAAUAUGCUAUUAAAUUGAUCUUAUGGGAUAUGAGCUCCACUAUUGCCUAUUGAUGCUGAGAAGCAUAACAUCGACCAGAUAUACCUUGGCUUCAUGUUUUGUGUGUACAGUGUCUCGAUGGCGAUAUUCUGCCCUAUUGUUGGGAAAUACCUGUACACUCUUGGAAGAAGAAAUAUGUGUAAAUGGGGAAUGAUUGUUGUUGCAGUUCCUUUUCUUGGUUUCUUCAUGAACAACUAUACAAUUAGCUCCACAAUAUAUAUUUAUCUAUUUAUAGUGAUGAGAAUAAUUCAGGGAGUGGGAACAAGCAUGGUUCAGACUUCAUCAUACUCUAUUCUUACUCUUAUUUAUCCUUCUAAAAUUAACUUUGUUGUUGCUUGCAUAGAAACUUCAGCAGGACUUGGCCUGAGUCUGGGACCAGUGCUAGGUACAGUUUUAUAUGAGAUUGGAGGAAGUGCAGCUCCAUUCCUUACAUUCUUUGCUAUUUCUAUAGUGAUCGGAUUGAUUAUCAAAUACUUAAUUCCUGAAUUUGUCGAUAAUAUUCAGGAAGACAAAGUUAAAGAUGAAGUAAUUAAACCUAAAUAUUCAGAAUUACUGAGUAACAAGAGGAUAAUAUUUGCUUGUUUGUGCAUAUUCAUUGCUGUAUUUCAGUUUGCUUUCAUAGAUCCCAUUUUAGCAGAAUACAUGAAGCAUGCAUUUAAUAUCGAGCCUCAAAAAUCAGGAUAUUUCUUCCUUGCUCUUGGUCUUGGAUACAUGAUCAGCUGAAUUGUUAGUCCAAUGUACCUUGACUACUUCUCAAACAUGAGAGUAGCGAUGUUAUCAUGCUUUUUGUUAGGGGUUUUGACGAUGUUCUAUAGCUCCUCUUACAUAUUAUGGUUCUUAACACCUAACAUGUUAGUUUUGGCAAUGGCUCUUUUAUUAGCAGGGAUCGCCAACUCUCAUCUAGCUAUUACUCCGAUGGAGGAGAUGAUCGAUGUGGCGCAAGAUUUUACUGGCUCAGAUAGCGAAGUACUAAACGAUAUGUGUUCAGGACUAUUCAAUAUGUUCUUCGCACUUGGAGAAAUCUUCGGCCCAAUGAUUGGAAAUGUAGUGUUUAGUCUUUGGGGCUUCCCAAUGAUUUGUGACAUUCUUGGAGUCGCCUGAAUGGCAUUCGCAGUCCUGUACUUCUUGACCUGAGAUUUUUCAUUACAUAACAAAUAUUAAAACUUUAGGUGAACUUUCUAAACACUCAGUUCUACAAAAGCUGUAGUAUUUCUAAAAAUCAUUCGUCAAAUAGUUUUCACAAGUUAACAUUUAACAUUGU